AUGACAUCUACAAUUGAAAUUACUUCUUUAACAACUAUACCAAUAAAUAAUUCAAAGAUUUGUAAUACAACAGAUAUAAAAACAUAUUCUUAUUCAAUUAUUGAACAAAUUCUUGAAUGUCCUCUAUGUCUUAAUCGUUUUCAUGAUCGACGUGCAUUACCAUGUCAACAUAUAUAUUGUUGUUCAUGUCUUAAAACAAUUAUAUUAUCAAAUAAAUCUUAUAAAAAAAUAAUUUGUCCAUUAUAUCAUCAAACAUUUUCAUAUAAAAAUUUUGAACAAUUUUCUAAAUCAUAUAUACAUAAUCAAUUACUUGAUUUAAUUCCAAUUAAUUAUGAUAUUAAAGGAAAAUGUUUUAAAUGUAAAAAAAAUAAUUUAUUAAAUUUAUGUCCAUGUUGUGAUUAUCAUUUAUGUAAAAUAUGUUUUGAAAAUGAUCGUCAAAAUUUAUUAAUUAAUCUUAAAAAUAUUUUUCAUUUAUAUUAUAAUAAUCGUGAACAUUUACAAAAAAUAACAUCAAUUGAAAUAAAUAAUUUAUUAUAUAAAACAAAUUUUUUAUUAAAUAAUUCUCAAACAAUAGAAUUUAAUGAUAUUUUAUCAAUAUUUUAUGAUUUAAAUUUUAUUUAUCAACAAAUAAAUAAAUUACCAAUAACAAUAACUAAACGAACAUAUGAAAAUGAUAAUGAAAAUUUAUCAGAUAUAAAACAUAGGAAAAUUGAAUCAACAACUUAUUUAAAUCAAUCACAAGAACAAAUUAUUGAUGAUGAUGAUAUUAUUUAUAUUAAAACAAUACAAACAAAAUCUACAUCAACAUUUGAUGAAUCAUAG